AGUGACGAGGAGUGUAGACUGAAGUAUAUAGUACAAGUGGCAAAGUAGAGAGCACAGAGACAGCUCAGUAUUGAAUUGAGCUCUCUGAGUUUUUAGAACACACAUUGAUCAAACUCUUCAAUUCAAACCCAUCAAUCAUCACAAACCUAAAGCCGAGGGAUUUGAAACCCUUUUCUAGUUUGAUUUUGAUUUUAAAGCAGAGCAGUUUUGGAUCCAAAUGUUGGUCCAAGACCGCUCUACCCCAAAACCCUCCAAACCCCAGCAACCCCUUCUCACAGAAAGUCACUUCCCUCAGUCCAAAAUCUUCACUUUCCCCAAAUGGGUCUCCUUUAAUCUGUUCAAGAUCACUACCAUUUCAUUCCUAACCCUCACCAUUGCUGCCCUCUUCUUCCUCUACAAUGCCAAUGACUCUCCCUCAACCUUCCUCUGUUUCAACAAAUCCCACCUCAAGAUCCCCAAACCCAUUGAAUUCCCCAAACUUAGCUUCAAGUCAAUCAAACCCAUUUCAGAUAAGUCCUCCAAUUACGCUUCUUUCGGAUCAGAUAGAUGGGUUGUGGUCUCUGUUUCGGAUUAUCCUUCUGAUUCACUUCGAAAACUGGUCAAACUCAAGGGAUGGCAAGUCCUUGCAAUUGGGAAUUCAAGGACCCCAGUGGAUUGGAGUCUCAAGGGAGUGAUAUAUUUGUCAAUGGAUGACCAGGCCAAAUUGGAUUUUCGAAUUUUGGACUACCUUCCUUAUGAUUCUUAUGUAAGGAAGACUGUUGGGUACCUUUUCGCUAUCCAACACGGUGCGAAAAUGAUAUACGACGCUGAUGAUCGUGGCGACGUGAUUGAUGGUGAUCUUGGUGAGCACUUUGAUCUGAAAUUGUCAAAUGUGGAUGUAAUGCAAGAGAAACUUUUGCAGUAUAGUAAUGAAAAUCCGAAUAGAACAGUUGUGAAUCCAUACAUUCAUUUCGGGCAACGGUCAAUUUGGCCUAGGGGAUUGCCUUUAGAAAAUGUAGGUGAAGUUGGGCAUGAGGAGUUCUAUAGUGAAGUAUUUGGAGGAUUGCAGUACAUUCAACAGGGUAUAUCUAAUGGCUUACCAGAUGUUGAUUCAGUUUUUUACUUCACAAGGAGGUCAGGUUCGGAAGCAUUUGACAUAAGGUUUGAUGAGCAUGCUCCAAAAGUUGCUUUACCACAAGGUAUGAUGGUGCCACUGAAUUCUUUUAAUGCAUUGUUUCAUUCUAAUGCAUUUUGGUCUUUGAUGCUUCCUGUUUCGGUUAGUACAAUGGCUUCUGAUGUAUUGAGGGGUUAUUGGGCACAAAGACUAUUGUGGGAGAUUGGUGGUUUUGUUGUUGUUUAUCCUCCAACUAUUUAUAGAUAUGAUAAGAUUGAGUCAUACCCAUUUAUGGAAGAGAAGGAUCUUCACAUAAAUGUGGGUCGAUUAAUUAAGUUCUUGGUUACUUGGAGAUCUACUAAGAUUAAUUUAUUUGAGAAAAUUUUGGAAUUGAGUUAUUUGAUGGCGAAAGAAGGGUUUUGGACUGAGAAGGAGGUGAAGUUCACUGCAGCUUGGCUUCAAGACCUGGUUGCUGUCGGGUAUAUUCAGCCAAAGCAGAAGGCCAUAAAGUUGGAUCAGCCGAGAACAGCCAUUGGUCUUGCAGACCGGAAGGAAUUUAUUCCCCAAAAACUACCUUCUGUGCAUCUUGGGGUUAAGGAAUCAGAGACAGUAAAUUAUGAGAUAGGGAAUUUGAUUCGCUGGAGGAAGUUUUUUGGCAAUGUUGUUUUGAUCAUGUUUGUCGGUGGGCCAGUGGAGCGGACUGCGUUGGAGUGGAGAUUGCUUUAUGGCAGGGUAUUUAAAAGUGUGGUGAUUUUGUCGGACGGUGCUAAAACAGAUUUAGCUGUGGAGCAAGCUACUCUGGACCAAGUAUAUAAGUAUCUUCCCAAAAUAUUUGACAGGUUUACCAGUGCGGAAGGGUUCUUGUUCCUGCAGGACAAUACCAUUCUCAACUACUGGAAUUUACUGCAAGCAGACAAGACUAAGCUGUGGAUCACUGACAAGGUUCAUCGGUCUUGGACUACAGCCUCAAUCUAUGGUAAAGACUCCGAAUGGUUUUCAAAACAAGCAGACAUGGUAAAGAAAGUUGUCAGCACUAUGCCAGUUCAUUUACAGGUCAGUUACAAGGAGAGUAGCACAAGGGAGCAGGGUCUCAGUAUAUGCAGCUCUGAGGUGUUCUAUAUUCCUCGACAAUUUGUUGGGGACUUUGUAGAUCUUGUAGGACUUGUGGGAAAAUUUGAAAUCCAUAAUAAGGUAGCAGUUCCCCUGUUUUUCAUGGCAAUGGAUUUACCUCAUAAAUAUGACUCUGUGCUCAAUACAAUGAUUUAUAAGCCAGAGACAUCAUCCAGCAACUCUUCAAACAUUUAUUCUGCUCAAGCCCCAGCCAUACACCCAUGGACCGUUUCCAGUGAGUCAGAUUUCAUCGAACUUAUAAGAUUCAUGGCAACAGGUGACCCUCUACUAAUGGAGCUAUUUUGAAGUACAGAAAAGUUAAACUUUGUACCAUUCCCAUUAUAUACGAGGCAUCCCCAAAGAGAUUGGCACUUGAAGGGUAGAAAAAUACUUAAUACUUUAGUGAACUUGGUUAUUUACUUUUCAUCUUUAUAUGUUGUGGAAAUUUUGAGGUAAGGGGAAAGGAUGUCAUGCAGUUUGUUCAGGUAGGUUUCUUCUGCUUUUACUUUUCUAUUCUGUACAGAAUUUUCUUUCAUCUGUAUGAUUCAGUCAUUGUAUUUGAGCCGUGGAUAUAUCAAAUGAGAAGCAUUUAUUAGAAGAAUCAUUCCUC